UGACACUCGGCCAAAGCCGGCCACCGUCCCAAAGAAAAACUUCCAUGAAGGCCAGCUUCAAGUUUCUGAAUCUCUGUGGUUCUGUAUACAAACAAGGAAACAUCGUAUUCACACCAGAUGGAAACUCUGUGUUCAGCGCCGUGGGCAAUCGUAUUUCAGUAUUUGAUUUGGUGAACAACAAAUCAUUUACGUUUCCAUUCCAAAAUCAAAGGGACAUUGCCGCAAUUGCUUUGAGCCCCGAUGGCAAAACCCUCAUAAGUGUGGAUGAGAUCGGGAAAGCAAUUUUCGUCAAUGUCAAGAAGGCUGUUGUACUUCAUCGCAUAAACCUCAAAAAGCCUGUCAAGUGCGUUGCAUUCUCACCCGAUGGAAAGUACUUUGCCGUCACCCACGGCGCACAUGUCCAAGUUUGGAAGACUCCUAAUCUCUUCGUCCGCGAAUUCGCACCUUUCGAGCUACACCACACGUACAGGGAACAUAACGACGACGUACUGAGCAUAACUUGGUCAGAUGACUCGAGAUUCCUUUUAUCGGCUUCAAGGGAUAUGACUGCACGAAUUCAUCCCUUAGAGUUCAAUCAGAGCUUGUACCCGAAAAUGCUCUCGAGCCAUCGCGAUGCAGUUGUGAGCGCGUACUUUGCUAAUGGCAACAAAGAGAUUUACACAAUUACCCGCGAUGGCGCGGUGGUUGUGUGGAGAGGAAAGUACGAUGAUGAAGAUGGGGAAACCCUGGAAAUCCCGGACCCUGAAGACGAGGAUUUCUUACUCAAAAACCGGUGGAGAUUGAGCGAGAGAUAUUGGUUCGACUUAGCCAAGGUAGUUUCCACUGCAUAUCACAAACGCACCAACAUGCUUGUGGCAGGCUUUUCUUCGGGUGUCUUUGGCCUCUGGGAAAUGCCAUCCUUCACCAAUAUUCACACCCUCAGCAUAUCCCAGGACAAAAUCUCGUCAUUAACGAUAAAUCCUUCCGGUGAAUGGCUCGCUUUGGGGGCCACAAAGCUUGGUCAACUGCUGGUGUGGGAAUGGCAGUCCGAAUCCUACAUACUCAAACAGCAGGGUCAUUAUUUUGACAUGAAUACACUCUCCUUCUCAAGUGACGGCCAGCACAUUGCAACGGGAGGCGACGAUGGCAAAGUCAAGAUAUGGAAUGUGAACUCGGGUUUCUGCUUUGUCACCUUUUCCGAUCACGCCUCCUCUAUUUCUUCUGUCGAAUUUGCAAAACAGGGUCAGGUUCUGUUCACUGCUUCCUUAGAUGGCACUGUUCGCGCAUUCGACCUCAUUCGAUAUCGCAAUUUUCGCACCUUUACCUCUCCUACUCCGGUCCAAUUUUCCAGUUUGGCUGUUGACCCCUCCGGCGAGGUCGUCGUGGCUGGUUCGGCUGACAGCUUCGAGGUGUUCAUGUGGUCCGUCCAGACAGGCAAGUUACUCGAUGUGUUGACAGGUCACGAGGCCCCUGUCAAUGCACUUGCAUUUGCACCAACAGGCAACUAUCUUGUGAGUGGCUCGUGGGAUAAGACGGUUCGCCUGUGGAAUGUCUUUACCCGAACCCGUAAUGUCCAGCCUUUCCUGCUCAACGCAGACGUACUCUGCGUCGCUUUCAGACCUGAUGGUUUGGAGAUUGCUGCUGCCACCCUCGAUGGCCAAAUUACGUUCUGGGAGACUGUAGAUGGCAGACAAACCGGUUUGAUAGAAGGACGGCGUGACAUCUCUGGUGGGAGAAUGCAGGACGAUCGCAUCACGGCAGCGAAUAAUUCCGUUAACAAGUACUUCACCAGUGUAGCAUACACUGUGGAUGGAUCAUGCGUCAUUGCGGGGGGGAACAGUAAAUAUGUGGUCAUGUACAAUGUACAAGAGGGAGUCAUGCUCAAGAAGUUCCAAAUCUCAGAGAACCUUUCCCUCGAUGGAGCGCAGGAUUUUCUGGACUAUCGGCGGAUGAAGAAAGAGGGCGGCGACCUGAUGUACGAUCGAGGGGACGAAAGUGACCUAGAGGAUCGUCGUAACCCCACCUUGCCUGGCGCACAGCGGGGUGAUCUCUCAAAACGGCGAUACAGACAGGAUAUACGAACAAAAUGCAUACGCUUCUCCCCUACUGGGGGAUCAUGGGCAGCUGCAUCCACAGAAGGAUUACUCAUCUACUCUCUUGACGAGGGGAUCGUGUUCGAACCUCUCGACCUUGACAUUGACAUCACACCCCAAAACAUCUUGGAAGUUCUCAGCCAGAAAGAACAUCUCAAGGCACUCGUUAUGGCUUUCCGGCUAAAUGAAAAGUCCCUCAUUGAGCGGGUGUACGAGGCUAUCCCUUCAGAGGAUAUUGCGCUUCUAGUGCGCCAGCUCCCACGUAUAUAUGUCCCAAACCUGCUUUCUUUCGUUGCUUCGCAUGCGGAAAGGAGUCCGCACAUGGAGUUUGACUUGCUGUGGAUCAAUGCACUGCUAGGCAUUCAUGGGCGGUUCCUGAGGGAGCAUUCGUUGGAGCACGCCGGCGUUCUCAGGGCGGUUCAGAAGAGCGUCAUGGAUUAUCAGAAGAAUAUUGCAGCAUUGUGUGAUAGUAAUAGAUCAUCAAUUGCAUAUAUGAUGGAUCAAGCCAAGGCGCUGAGAUUGAGGCGGCAGUAAAAGUAGUCAAUGUAUAGCCUUUGUAAUCAUGACAGGGUUAAUGGGGUUCGCUAUUUUAUUGAAGCAGAUCCGUUGGGCGGUGGAUUUGUCGCGUUACUGGAUUUUGGGGUGGCCGGCUCCGCUGGAGGGUCAUCUAACCUCUC